AUGUCCUACCCAUACGAGCGCAGAGGGCAAGGUGCCUCGGGACAUCGAGGGACUUUCUCCUACUGGGUUCCUUUGGCUUUGACGGUGACGGUUGCGACUGCGGGAAUCGUGGCCUGGAUAUGGAGUGAACGAGAAGACGACGAGGACGAGGGACCCAGACCUGGUCCUCCCCCGGCUCCAUACGGGCGGCCGGAUUAUGGUAGAAACCCAGAUGGAACCAUCCGCACUGGGCCACCCUCCUAUGCGGAUGUGCGCCCCGGGGAAGUUGCUUAUGGAAAUGUAGAGCCACGGCCGGAGGAGUCGCAGAGCUAUAUGGCCCGCAUGUCCGGUGCGCUGAGGAGAACUCCAAGUCCUCAGCAGGUCUUCGAUGGGGUGAGCAGAAGUGUUGUUGGGGGAGUUGCGGCUGCGGGCGCGGUUGUGGGGAACGCACUUUCUUCGAUCAGGGAGGAGGAUAAGAAUGCCUAUAAGGAUCAUAAGACGUGGUCUGAAGAGGCUGAAGCACGACAAAAGAGUGGCAGUCCGGGCCCCAGUCCUGGGCCCAUCGAAUUGCGGUCGGAAAGCCUUGCUGGGGUCGCACCAACUCAACGCACACCCGUAAAUAAUAGCAAGAAGAAGACCGUGGCUAUUGUUGUAUCUGCGGAGGGCGGCGUUGACGAGUAUGAGGAUGAGGACGGGUUUCAUGAACAUGCAUCUAUUCUCUCCUCUCUGCCUCGAGACAUUGACUUCUCCAACACGCGGCUAUUUGUCCUUAUAUAUGCGCCUGAUCUGAAAGAACAUCCACUAGAUGCCACUGCACGUCCUCCACCAUCACUCAGCUCCUCUUUCUCUAAUAUCGGCCACGAUCAGGCACAAUCUCCACCACCCGUGGAAGGCGAGAAAACGCCGGCAACCAAUUCGGGCUCGCCAGCAUUCAAUGCUGUAUAUUCACAAGCACUUGGAUUAGUAGAAAAGGAAACGAUGGUUCUCCCCUUCACAACCCUAACUGGACACGUUCAUAUGCUGCGACACCUCGCUCCGGAAAUAGUCUACCUCCAAGAAUCACUCGCUGGGGAUAAUGGCGAAGUCAUAACGCACCUCCAGAGCUGGUUGCGUCAAGAUGUUGUCCUGGUGGUGGGUGCCGAUGGUGGGCAUGGUGGUCUGGCCGACAGUGAAUCCGAGGCAGAACAAGCGGCUAAGAAAGAAGAACAUUGGUGGGAGAAGGAGGAACGGGUUGGCCUGGGAAGAGGCGUUGUAGUAGUAGAUGGAGUCCGUGUUGGCGAUGACUGGGCUCGUCGGGUCGAGAAUAGGGAUUGA